AGACCUUGUGCUUGUGUCGCGCACAUGCGCAGAACCGGACGUGGACGUCUUGUUCCCAAACAUCAACAGCAGCAGCAGCGAGGGGGCAGAGAGCAGAAAGGACGACUUUGACAUCAUUGUCUCCACGUCUCUCCGCGCAACAGGCAUCACUUUUGCUUUCAUUUCCUCAGCUCGGGACACAUCACAGAGAGGAAACAGCUCUUCGACAUGGCGGCCGCCGCUGUCGCUGCCUCCGCCAAGAGCAGCCUGAGAGAGGACCUGACGUGUGCCAUCUGCUGCGACCUGUUCCGAGAGCCGGUCAUGCUGGCCUGCAUGCACCACUUCUGCAAACCGUGCAUCUCCAGGUACUGGAGGGGGACCCAGGGGCCCGUCACCUGCCCGCAGUGCCGCAAGGAGUUCAGCUCCAAAAACUUUCAGACCAACUACCUUGUGGCUGCCAUGGUGGAGAAGGUCCGCGCCACCACAUCCGACACUUACGUCAAGAACCUCGAAAAACAGCUGAGGGAGUCUUUGGAGAGACAUCGGCUGAGGAAGGACGACAUCAUCAACAGUAUUCAGAGAGACAAAGAAAAGAUGAAUAUCAUAAAGAGAGUCGGGUCGGACCUGGCGGCUCACGUCAAGGGCGAAUUCGGAUCCCUCCAUCAGAUCCUGCACGACGAGGAAAACCGCAUGCUGGAGCAGAUCGGGAGAGAGCAAGAGGACGAGCUGGAGAAGGUCCGGCGCCACCUGGAGGCCAUGGAGGUGACUGUACAAGACCUGGAGGACAACAUACGAAUGCUGCAGCAAAGUUGCGCUGACGCUGAGAAUGUCGUACUGACUGAGCUCCCACAGCUGAGGCAACGUGCAGAGGUGGAUAUUACCCCAGAGUUUGACAUAAACGCCUUCCGCAACAGAUACACAGCCCCAUUACAGUACAUCACAUGGAGGAGGAUGUUCAAAUUUUUGAAGCCAGGUCCUUCCCCAUUAAAAUUUGACAUCGACACAGCGCACCCAAGCGUUUACCUGUCCAGGGACAGAACCGUGGCGGUCGAGUGCGACACCAUGAACCAAUACGCGAACCACAGCAAGCGUUUCCUCCAGUGCGUCAACGUGCUGGCAGCCCAGGGGUUCGAGUCGGGGCGGCACUACUGGGAGGUGGAGGUGGGCUCCAGCCGCAAGUGGGACGUGGGCGUGGCCUCCGAGGCUGUGGACAGGCGCGCUCGCAUCAAGCUGAGCCCCGAAAGCGGCUACUGGACCCUGCGGCUGCGCAACGGGAACGAGUACUCCGCCGGGACUCAGCCGUGGACGAGGCUGCGCCUCGCCUCUUCCCCGCAGAGGCUGGGGGUUUUCCUCGACUGCGACGAGAGGAGGGUGUCCUUCUACGACGCAGACAACAUGAGCCUGCUCUACUCGUUCGCCAGCGGGCCGAGGGGCAAGGUUUUCCCCUUCUUCAGCCCGUGCGUCAGCGAGAGCAGACAAAAACCUCAGCCGAUGAGACUCCUCCACUACCCACCCGUGGCUCUGUCUGGCUAACGUGGCCGCAAAUCGCUCAAUGCUUCUCAGCGUUCACGAGCUGUAACAGAGCGACACGUGUUAUAACAUGCGUCCUGAGUGAGCUCUGACGUGAACACAGCCGAGAUGCUUUGAGGAUGCAUUUGAGAUCAGAUCAGACCUUAUUUAGAGGUGGCCUCUGGUCCACUUGUGACAGUAUUCCUCCACUAGUGUGGUCAGACGUAUUCAACUUUUAACACAAGUUUUGCUUCAGUCAUUCAGGAAAUAAAAAGCACACUGCUGCUAUUUUAAAUGACGACCAGAAAAGCUUUAGAACCGAAAGUGUUUUCCAUUCAUUAGUUUGUAUCGUAUCAAACACACAUGUUUAAAGUUCGCUAGUCGCAAGAAGGUUCACUCAGGACGCGUAUUAAUGCCAAGUAUGAACAGGGCCAUCGUGACCUAUCGUAAAAGUUUAAGACUUUGAACUGUUCUUUUUGCCAUCUAGAGUUAAAAUUUUACAGAUAUUGCCAUAUUCAUCAUAUUAAAUGUUCCGCCGUCUUGUAAUCACCUUAAAGAGGCUCGUUUUGUUAGCAGGAUCAAUCAGCUUAAACGCACCAUGAAAGACUCUAUUUCAGCUUGAGAUGCGUCCAAGUACUUUUUAAUGACAUGCUGGGUAUUUUCAGUGGACAUAGAUGGUCGACCUUUCUAAUGAUGAGUUCAGUAAUUAUCUCUCAUCAAGUCUGACUAUUCUUUGACACACUUGUAAAAAGGGUUUUUAAUCACAGCAGAGUUUAAUUAGCAUGAAGCAAUAGAGCACUUUACUCUGACAUAUCCGACUAAAUGCAUUUUUUUCUGUUUUAAACACAAUUUUUUUUGUAAUCUUUUUUUGAUAGGACAUCAGAUCAAUUUACUUUCGUCUUGAUUUUAUCAAAUGUCUAUUCAUCUGUAUCAUUAUAUGUGCCUGUUUGUUUCUAUGUGGUAUAUGUUACAUUGAAUUCAGUGCAUGUUUUAGUUGCUGUUACGUCAUUGAUGCAUUUUCGAUCAUUUCCCUGAUAAAUGCCAAAUCACUGUAAAAGCUGCUGACGCAAACAAUAAACCAGAUCACUUUUCAUUUCUC